AUGUCUGGACUCAUUUUGUUGGUUCUCGUUCAAGCGAGUCACCAGACAGGAUAUGUUCAAUCACAAAAGAAACAAAUUACGCAAGCCAAAGUUCAAGUAAUAUAUGUGCCUAUAACAAUACCUCAGGACACUGGAGAUUAUAGUGGAAGCAGUGUGAUUAGUAACUAUGGAGAAGGCAGUGGUGAAAAUGGUUAUGUUGGAGGCAGCGCAACUGGUGGUUAUGGAAAAAACAGUGGUGGGAAUGGUUAUGGUGGAAGCAAUAGGUUUCAGGGUUAUGGAGGGAACAGUGAAAAUAGUGGGUUUGGAGGAAAAGGAAGAAGUAGUGGAAGUGACAGCUAUGGAGGAAGUAUUGACGAUAAUGGAUAUAAAACAAGGAGUUUAUUUGGAGGUUAUGGAGGAAGCAGUGGAAGUGGUGGUUAUGGGGAAAGAAGCAAAAGCGAUGGAUAUGGAGGAAGAAGCGGAAGUGUUGAUUAUGAGGAAAGCCGCGGAAACGGUGGUUAUGGAGGAAGCAGUGGCAGAAGUGGCCUUGGAGGAAGAAGUGGAAGUAGCAGUUAUAGAGGAGGACACAGUGGCAGCUUUGGAGGAAGUAGUGGAAGCAGCAGUUAUGGAAGUAGUAGUGUAGGUGUUGGUUAUGGAGGCAAUAGCUAUGGUCGAAGCGAUGGAGAACAGAGUGUAAUUGAAGGUUAUGGAAGAAGCAAGGGAAGCAACAGUUACGGAGGAAACAGAGAAAGCAAAGGUUAUGGUGGAAGUAGUGAGGGCAGUGGUUAUGGAGGAAGCUAUAGCAUGAGCAGUGGAGAUGCACAUGGAAGCAGUGGCGGUGUAAUAUAUGAAAUAAGCAGCGGAAGUGGAAACAAUGAUGAUAAAAGUUAUGGCAUAAACAGAGGAGGUGGCUACGGUCGACAGGGUGAUGGAAUAACAUCCAUAAUCCCCAUAGUAAUUGCCCUGAAAACAGAACACGAUAGUGCUGGCAAUCUUAGAAGCACUGGUAGCUUUGGUGGAAACAAAGAUGUCAGCAGCAUCGGUUAUGGAGUAAGUACAAGUGGUUAUGGAGAAGACAGCGCUGAUGGAAGUGACUACGAUGGAGGAAAUAGUGGGUACUCUGGAAGUGGUUUUGAAAGUUUUAUGACCUUUGGAGGUGGUGAAUAUUGGUGAUUUAUUUGUCCAAUUUAUCUUCAAUGGAGGUGAAUAUUGUAUCUUCUACAUCUAUGUUUUAUUUGUAUUAUAUG